CGGAGAUCGUCCGCGAUUUGGAGCGGAACAUUCAGGGUUUGUCUUCUCAGAUGCAUACGGGGGUGGAUUGAGUCAUCAUUUACGUUUAACUCUAGAGAGUCUUAUAUGAAAAGGGCGAUUUUGAUAUUAACUUGGUUUAUUUCACGGAAGGCGCGGUGCUGGUGAUAAGUAUACAAUUGCGGCAUGAGUACCUACGGAGUAUGGUCUUUACUCGUUUUGGUGUUUAUAUACCUUUGUCUUGGAAGUUACACAGUUGCCGGUAAUUCUGGCACGGAUGGUAAAUGCAAAGGACGAUGGGCAAUACACGCAUGCGCGGCAGGGAAUGGCGGCAAAAGAUCUGACCCUAGAUUACAAAUACACAUACCAUCGGAACGACAACGGACACUCCAGGACAUGCUAGAAAUACUCAGAUCGAGGCUUCUUGAGGACGAGGCUAACGAAUUAGAAGAAGAGGAACUACCAACAUACGAAACGACGGAAAAUGACGACAUGUGGAAUAGAUUAUACUCAAAACUGAAGGAACGCCAGUCCUACGCGGUCGCCAAAUAAUAAAACUUGGCGUCCGAGGUGGGCCACGUGUCGGACAACAUAUCAACCUGGACCACAACAAUCCCUGUACAGAAGAUUCUGCACCUAAAACGUGUCGGAUAUAUUUAUUUUUGUGACUAGCGCUGUAGUACCUAUUGUGAGGCAUCCAAAUGAAGGAAAUCCGUCAGUCUAUCCGUUAAGCUAGAUUAAUACUUCAGAAAUAUUCGGAGUCACGACCAGCGCAACCAGGCCCAAGAAAUGUCUCUCUCGUUUGCACCAAUGGCGGAUUUUAUCGCUAAAAUUCGAGAAGGCACUAAUAUACGAGCCUCGUGAUAUGGAGUACUAACCUUCAGUCUAUCGGAGAUGCAAGCAGUCUCAUAUGCGGUUAUAUUUUGUGUCAGCAACUCGUCCAAUUGUUGUAAUCAAAAUGGCCUUCACCCCUUACAGACGUCAUCGGAAGCAGUGUACACAUUUACUGCUGACGUCAUCAUUGCAAGCACACUAUGACACGAAGUAUGCAAAAGAGUUUGUGUGGAGUAAAGGCAAUAAGGUUACAUGAUGAAAACGUCUAGAUUAGCCUGACCUUAGCUCCUUAUACACAUACGUCAUCAGCAGUUUACACAAGAACUGCUGAGGUCAUCAAGAUAAUGUGCACUCUACGAAAUGGAGCGGAAGAAAAGUAGUAUAAAGGGCAAUGGUGAUGAUUCUUGCGACGAAACAAUAUCAACUUCAGUUCGUGACUGUAUAAUAUAAUAUAGGCUUUCAAAUAUCUCUUGCUGUUUUCUACGUCAUCAGUUUAGGACAAUGACGUCAACACGUCCUCGAUAACGUCACCAAUCAGUAGAAGUGCUGUCAACAGAUUGGAGUUCUUUCGUGACAUGUCAAACAUGAUGUAAGGGAUCAACGAAGUCAAGAGAUACUUUGGAAUCGAUUGCAAACUAUCAACGUUCCAUUACACAAUUUUCUCGAAGUCAGAGGCCCAUUUCGGAAUUUGUUUUUCAAGGACACGUUUACAUGACUCUGUUUUAACGAUAAUCUUUUAACUUCCUCAUGUUAAGUGCAGUUCCUUAUAUCUAACGUCACUAUCUUAUUGUGCAGUGCCGAAUAUUUUGAAGUAAUUCAUCUGUUGAACCCAAAUACUUUAACAGGAUAUCGAAUAUCAGAAAGUACGUAGGCUUAGCUAGCCGUUUGUUGCGAAAACAAGUCGAAAUAUAUAUAUGAAUUUACCAAGAAAGAUUCCAACAAGCUUCCAACAACAUUUUCACCAUGUUGAACGACUUUUUGCGGCUGAAUACUGCAUAUCAUGUCUUCUGUUUUAGUGUACGGUCAAUAAAGGAAGAAUAAUGGACGAAAUGUAUCCUUCAAUAACAUACAUGGCCAUUUCUAAUACCGUUUAACAGUUACCAAGCCAAUAGAAAUUGCUAUUUGCAAUAGCAUUUAAAAGUUACCAAGCUAGGAAAAAUUGCUACUGCCAAUACUAUUUAACAAUUACCGAGCGAAGUGAAAUUGCUAUUACCAAAAGCAUUUAACACGUAUAUAAAAAAGAGUGAAAUUGUAUGUAGCAUCAGUAUGUAUGGUAUAAUCCUUGAAAAAAAACCUGAAGAUUAUUUUGUAAAACUUCUAAAUUACUGUUAAUUACGACUUAUUUAUACAUAAAAGUACGCAACAGGUAACUGACUUAUUACUGCACUAAUUUGUGUUGUAUUUUGUCAAUGUAUGCGCUACAAAAUUAUGUUUCAUUUAUAGAGUGUUUUCACGGUGAGCCGUGUUGGAGGCAGAACAAUGAUUUGUCGUGCCUGAAUCGAUUGUUGUCACGGUCAUUCGGGCUUGCUUUCUUGUGUCUGUCCCCCCAGCACGGUAGGUGAUGACGCCACGUGAAACCACUCUAUUGGAUAUUGUUUUCAUGUUAAUUCAGAAACUAUAUGUACUUGUGUGAAUGGCCCUUUAUACAUCUGAUCACUGAAACCAAAACUAUUUUUUUUAGUAUAUUUGAGCAGUUACUAUUAAGGCCGAAGCUACUUCCGUAAUUCUACCUGAUAGUGAUGUAUUGCAGUGACGCCAGAUAGUCGAAUAAACACUUUUCUUUCGCACUCUGUAGAAAUAAGUUCAUUUUGUACCAAUAAAAAAAUUCACUGAUGAUUUCAAAAGCUUUAUGCACUUGAUUUGUUUUUGGCCUAUAACUCUAAUACUGUUUUGUAAUAAGAAGUUUGAUGGCGAAUCCACUUGGAGGCAACCGUAAAGUUUGGUUGAGCUUUAACCUUAUUAAGCUAGGUUUCCCCUGUAUGCGAUUGCAACGAUGCACGCGUUACGGCCUUGCUAUUUUAAGCAAAGAACAAGAAUUUGGUUCUGCGAUUAUGCAUGCCCUGUGCGAUUCAAGCAAAAUCGCAUUCAGUGUAUCCAACCCAUACAUGUAUAAAUGAUAUCGUACAAUGGCAACUCGUUUUGUACAGUGUGACACCAAUCUCGAUCUUCUUGCAAUUUUGACAGUGUAUAGAGGGAUAUGAAUAUGCCAUUCUGUGAAUAAAUGUUCUUUCUUUAGACUUUUAGAUGUAAGGAGUCCUUAGUUUUUUCUCAGUUUUGGCAGUGAAUCCCUGUCAAUUCUUUGCCAAAACCAUUUUAUGCUUUCAUAGAGUUCUAGAUUACACAUGAACUUAUCAUCCUCCUUUAUGGGUAAUUUCAAUUAUUUGAAGAACCCGUAAUAACCAGGAAAUACUUAGAUUUCUACAGCACUCUGACGUCAGCCAUUUUGAGUCUCCAAAACUGUAUCACCAAUAGAUGGCGCUGAGUAAAUUGGGAAAAAAUGGAUCUCCAAUGGGCUUUAAUCAUAUUCAUUUCAACUCACUUACUUAGCAAAUUUCUUUAGAUCUCAUUCUAGUCCCGCCUCGAUCACUCGGCCAUUUGUUUCCAUUGCUUUUGAAUAAAUGUACUUUUUAAUCAUUUUCGUUUAUUCAAUAAUAAUAGAAAUACAACAGUUUUCAUCUCCAAAGUUCCGAGGUUUUGAUGACUGACGUGGACCUCCCGGCUUUCUGUCAUGUUUAAUUCAGGCAGGCGGUGUAAUGUGACGACAUCCUAGUCAGAAUCAAACAUUGAUCACAACAGCUCGAUGCAUGCAACGACCAUUAACAAUAUGGCACGAAAUCACCUGACUAACACGUCGUCAUGUUACCCCCUCCGUGAUUCAGGUAUAUUUUGCCACACACGACCCCAUUGUAAGGACAAAUUUGGCUUCUGCAAAUAAAACUAAGCAAAUAAAUUGUGAAAUUAUUUUGAUUUUUAUA